AUGAAGAGUAGAUUUCCUGUUCUUUGUGUCAUUGUCUGUCUCAUGGCUCAGAUGGGAGAUGCCAAUGUCGUGCUACUGGGGAAUAAUCUGACCAUGUCCUUUGAUGACAUUGAGGCAAGCUUUUCUCCAGGAGUGAAAGGGUCAGGAGUCAAUGGCUUAGUUUAUGCUUCUGAACCUUUGAAUGCCUGCAGCCCGUUAACAAUCAAGGCAGUCAAGGGCCCGCCAUCUCCCUUUGCAUUAAUUGUAAGAGGCGGAUGCACAUUUGAUGAGAAAGUAAAAAAUGCACAGGAUGCUGGAUUCAAAGCUGCAAUUGUGUAUGACAAUGAAAAUAGUGGGGUCCUGGUUUCAAUGGCUGGAAGCACAAGUGGCAUACAUAUAUGUGCUGUUUUCAUUUCGAAGGCCUCAGGAGAGGUGUUGAAGAAAUUUUCAGGCCAUACUGAUGUAGAGCCACCUGUCUCCACCAAUCAGCAUAAGGUAUUCGUUGCCCCAAUUGGCCCAUUCUGGGCAUGGAUCGCCCAGUCCACAUGUCAGUUCACCCUACAUCUUGAAUUCUGGGUAUGGUUCUUCGAGCUACUACUAUCUUGGAGGCUCCAGUCAGUAUGGGUCGUACCUAAGGCGAUGUGGGGAAUCAGGGCCAAGCCUGUCUACCAUGGCCGCUCGGUCGCCACAGCAGUUUCAAUCGGAGGCAAAUGUGGCGGUAGGCACAUCAUCAGCUCAGUCCUUGCGGCAGUCCUACCUGAGAGGCUGUGGCGAUUCGGAUGCCAGUCUAUCGGACAUGAUGUCAGCCCAGUCAUUGCCACAACAGUUUCAGUCGGAGGCAAAUGUGGCGGCAGGCACAUCAUCAGCUCAGUCCUUGCGGCAGUCCUACCUGAGACGCUGUGGCGAUUCAGAUGCAAGUUUGUCUGA